CCGGGCCGGCGGCUCCUCCUCGGCUCACCUCGGCUCACCCCCCCGCAUGCCGCCGGUGCCGGGGGCGCUGUGGAGCGGGGCACGGGGCCGCCCGCCAUGGCCGAGGCAGGAGCGGCGAGCGCCGAGGGCGCCGAGGAGGAGCGGCGGGCGGCGGAAGAGAAUUUCCCGGUAGAUGGGAGCCCCUGUGUUGCCUCUGGAGUCUCCAACCUCAUGAAUCCCAUCCCCAAGCCUGCCACCACCACUCCUUUCAAUGCUCCCGUGCCUGAGAUUCCCAGGAAGCGCAAAGGGAGCGAUUCCGACAACCAGGACACGGCCGAAGCUGAUGGUGAUCCUCAGAAAAGGAGCGAAGAUGAAGAACAUGUUAAAGUGAAAGAUUUCAGAGAGGCUCACAGUCAAACAGAGAAAAGGAGGAGAGACAAAAUGAAUAAUCUGAUCGAGGAAUUGUCUGCCAUGAUCCCUCAGUGCAACCCCAUGGCCAGGAAGCUGGACAAGCUCACAGUGUUAAGGAUGGCUGUGCAGCACUUGAAGUCUUUGAAAGGUUCCAGCAGCUCCUAUACAGAAGUCAGAUACAAACCUUCAUUUUUAAAGGAUGAUGAACUCAGACAGUUAAUCCUGAGGGCUGCAGAUGGAUUCCUGUUUGUGGUUGGAUGCAACAGAGGGAAAAUCCUGUUUGUCUCUGAAUCAGUUUGCAAAAUACUGAAUUAUGAUCAGGCCAGUUUAAUUGGGCAGAGCCUGUUUGAUUAUUUGCAUCCGAAAGAUGUUGCAAAAGUCAAGGAGCAGCUUUCUGCCUCAGACGUGUCCCCUCGGGAGAAGCUCGUGGAUGGCAAGACGGGCUUGCAAGUCCACACAGAUUUCCAGGCUGGACCGGCUCGGCUGAAUUCCGGGGCUCGCCGUUCCUUCUUCUGUCGGAUCAAGUGCAGCAGGAGCACGGUGAAGGAAGAGGAGUGUUUGCCCAACCCAAAGAAGAAAGAUCACAGGAAAUACUGCACCAUUCACUGCACUGGCUACUUGAAGAACUGGCCUCCCAAUGAGGUGGGAGUAGAAGAGGAGACCGAUGUAGAAAAGGACAGUAGUAACUUUAACUGCCUCGUUGCAAUCGGGAGGUUACACCCUUACAUUGUUCCCCAGAAGAGUGGAGAGAUAAAAGUCAAAGCAACAGAAUUUGUUACACGGUUUGCCAUGGAUGGGAAGUUUGUUUAUGUAGAUCAGCGUGCCACAGCAAUUUUAGGGUAUCUGCCCCAAGAGCUCCUAGGAACUUCUUGUUACGAGUACUGCCACCAGGAUGAUCACAAUCAUCUAGCUGAAAAACAUAAAGAAGUGCUGCAGAAUAAAGAAAAAGUCUUUACAAAUUCCUACAAAUUUAGAGCAAAAGAUGGCACUUUUGUCACUUUGAAGAGUCAGUGGUUUAGUUUCAUGAAUCCAUGGACCAAAGAGCUGGAGUACAUUGUGUCAAACAACACGGUGGUAUUAGGUCACAAGGAGUCAGCUGAAGAAGAGGUUCUCUACAGUUCCCAGCCUGCAGAAGAUGCUGUAAAACAGUCUUUAGUAAGUGUACCUGGAAUGUCCUCUGGAACAGUCCUCGGUGCUGGGAGCAUAGGAACCGAAAUUGCAAAUGAAAUCUUAGAGUUGCAAAGGUUGCAUUCCUCACCAUCAGGGGAGCUGAGCCCAUCACACCUCCUGAGAAAGUCCCCUUCUCCAGCUUUACCUGUGAACUGCAGCGAUGUGCCAAACAAAGAGCUGAUCCAGUUAUGUCCUUCAGAGACAGAAGUUCUGGAGAAUUCCGAACAAGCCCGGGGUGCUAUUCCAUUUCCCAGCAAUGAGCCUCUCCUCAGUGGGAAUUCCCAGCUGGACUUUGAUGCAAUAUGUGAAAAUGAUGACACUGCCAUGACAGCUCUCAUGAAUUACCUGGAGGCUGAUGGAGGCCUUGGGGACCCAGCUGACCUCAGUGACAUCCAGUGGGCUCUCUAGAGCUGCUUUUUCGGGAUGAGAAGGAAUGUAAAACCCGUAAUGCACAACAACCACACAUCCUCAGUACUGUAUUGUAGGUUUUUUUAAUGUCUCAGUUGGAUUCAAACUUACUGUCUAUAUAUAUAUAUAUAUAUAUAUAUUUUAAAGACUGAAGCCUUGUUCAGAGAGACACAACUUCUGCUGCACCUCUGGAAAAAUGCAAUAUUUUUUUUUUUUCUCAAGAUGAGGAAACCUUGAAAUUUUAAUAUUGAACCACCUGUAACUGGAAUGCUUAGAACACAUUAGUAUAUUUUUGCUAAGAAGCUUUAACCAAAAGGUACUGUACAAUGUACAGGAAGACUUUAUUUCUUAGUUUUAAUACUCAAACUUUUAUUUAUUGGGUUCGUUUCAAGCAGUAGAAUAUUGGUUAUCCGUGUUACCUUCUGUAGAACCUACUGUACUUGUAUGGUUUGAGGAUAUUUGUAACUAUUAAAUUUCAUGGAAAUGAUGAUUUGCACACACUAGAGCUGUAAAAUAAGGUGUUGUGAUUCUCCAGUGAUGCAGUUUGUGGUUCCUUGCCCUUCUCAGCAGGGCAAUUUUUGCAGUCAAAAGUGAAAAUAAAGAAUACAGAUCUGGGAACAAAGGUUGGAGCUGGAACCCCAGAACAAAGAGGAGAGAAUGGUUUGAGAAAAACAGUCAUUUUCCCAGUAACCAACACGAGAAGGGUAUGAGAAAAAGAGCACCAAACUUUUAAAUUACUGUUUUGUAUUGUUUUUAAUGCAUUGUGAGUGCAGAGAACCUGAGACAGACAGUGCCGUAACUGUAAUAAAGCACUUUACUCUUGUCCCAGGUUAUUUCCUAACUAGAGGAAGUCUGGGCAGACUGUCUUGGCUCCAGAGUGAGACUUGCACUGUCUGUUAGUGAAAGAAAUGUUAAAUUCUGAAGCCUCUUUUGUUAUGUUUUUGAAGGUAAGGAGAACUUUCUGUUGCUUGAGUCUGUGACUUUAGCAAACCUCUGUAAUCCAGCCCUGUCUGGAAGUCAGUGCCAUGCAGGAGGAGCCUUUGGGGGCAGCUUUUGCAAGGGGGGGAUCCCAGUUACAGCCAAUGACUCAAGAGCGUGGCACUUUAUAGCUUUGAUCAGAACAAUAGAGCAUUGAUAGAUGAGGAGGAUCUUUCUAUCUCUGGUGUUAAAGGCUUAGACAAAUUUUAUCAUAGUUUUUUCCUGUUUUCUUGGUUGUUUUUUUUACAUUCAGGUCAUGAAAGGAAAGCGUUUGGAGAUAUUUGAGAUGUGCACCUUUUAGCAGAGACAUUGAAACACAGGUACCACCACGAGCUCCAUGGCAUUUACCACCCCAGGACAGCCCGUUCCAGGGAUUUUUGGGAGCACAUGGAUGUGGUAAACACUAGAUGUCCCCCUUGUCCUGCUGGGUUAACCACCACUUGAACUGGCUCCUUGUUGCUUGACAGGGCAGCUUUAUAUCUUAUAGAUAUGACUUUUUUUGGCACAGGAGGAAUUGUUUUUUGGUAAUGUCCAGAUUGGUUGGGUUGAUUUUGCUUUUUUUUUUUUUUAACAGACUUGGGGCCAAAAUGAUCAGUUCUCUGGCUUUAUUCAAAUGAACUUUUCUAUUUGUUUUUUGGUGGUUUUUUUUUUCACACAAAAUGAAUUUUGGGCAAAGUGAGCAAAAGAAACAGGCACUUUCUAAGAACUGAGAGAAACCUAUUGGCAUAAAGGAAAUUUGAGAAUUUCAGAUUUUGCCAUUGUGAAAUGCAUUUUCUUUUUUCUAUACUAGAAAUAAAUGCGAAAUAAAGCAAGAAAUACAGUAGUUAAUAGGUAAGUGACUACUUAAAUAACUUAAAAUUAUACAGACUUUACAUAGGGAUUUUUUUAACUGGAUUAGUUUAAAAAGGGGCAGCUGUUGUUACUGAAGGAGCAUAUUAGUUUUUUUACAAGAUUAUGUAAGUGUCUUUAGUCAAACCAUUAUUUUGGGAUUCCUGGCUUUCCCUGAAAAAAUAAAACCACAACUGUAACUUCCUUUUGCAGUCAAUGAUCAACAUUGUGGCUCUGGAUUCAUUUCCUCCAUUAUUCUCCCUUUGCUCUUUGUGAAUUUUUCUGGCUCAGAGAGACCUUUACAAGAAAAAGUGUCCCUUUGUAAAUAUUUAUGGUGAAAUGAAUAGAUAUUUUGGAAUACAGCCGAGAAAGUCUGUGCUUGUUUCUGUUUGUAUAACAACACAGUUUGGUAAGACAUGGACAGUGUGUUCUUUGGUUACAGGUGAUCAGAGGAUGUGCUUAAAGCAGGUCAAUAAAUGUUAUUUUGAUGCA